AUGAUGGUUUGCGUUUUGGUAUGUUUCUGGUUUGUCCGACCCAAUUCGACGCCCGAACUCGGAUGGGAGAUCGAUGUCGGGCUUCCUGAGGGUUGGUGUAUCAGUCGUCGCUCUUGGCUCUCCAUUUGCAGCGAUAGCCCAUAA